AUGUAAAAUAAUCCAUCAUUUUCUUAAGGUUUAAUACCUAUAGUUUGUCUAGAUAUUGGUGGAACAUUAACAAAAGUGACUUUUGCAGCUAAGACAAAUUUCAUAUUAAAUUGUUAAACAAAAUAAGAACUUAAAAGUAUAAGACUUAAGAUUAUUAUUCAUAGUCAAAAAUGAAGAUCAAGAUUAUGAAAUACAUUUUCUAUCUCAUCCUAAUUCAUUAGAAGUGCUAAUUCAAUAAUUAGAAUAGAUAGGCUUUAUUAUAGAUGGAAAAUCAAAUAUCUAAACAUUUUAUAUUACAGGUGGAGGUUCAUUUAAGUAUUAUGAUUAAAUUUCAAAUUAUGGAAACAUUGUCAGAAUUAAUGAAUUUGAUGCCUUAAAGUUCGGAUUUAAAUUGUUGGAUAGUAUCAAAUACAAAAAUACAUACUUUACCUUUAAUAAUGGUAUUGAAUAUUUGUAAUUGACGGUAUUUUUAAUUAAAAUAAAUUUUUAGGCCUCAAUUUAUCCAUUCAUAUUGGUUAAUAUAGGAAGUGGUGUUAGUAUAUUAAAAUUUGAUAAUGAAGAUAAAUUUGCAAGAAUUUCAGGCACUUGUUUAGGAGGUGGAAUGUUUUUAGGAUUGAGUCAUCUAUUUACUGGGAUUAAUGAUUUUGAUGAAUUAUUAAAAAUGACAAAAUAAGGUUCUAAUGCAGCAACAGAUUUAUUAAUGGAUGAAGUUCAUUUAGGAUUUUAAUCUCCAACAAGAAAUAAAAAUGAAAAGCAUGUUGCUGUUAGUAUGGGAAAAUUGAAAUAGAAUUCAAAUAUUAAUUAAUCAGAUUUAGUAAAAUCUUUACUUUAUAUGACUACAUAUAAUAUUAGUCAAAUAGCAUUUUUACACUCAAAAUUACAUAAUAUUGAAAGAGUAUUUUUUUCUGGACAUUUUAUUAGAAAUCAUGAAGAAACAUUAUAAUGUAUAAAUGAAGCUUUUUCUUACUUCUCAAAAUUAGAUUAAUAAAAUAGACAUGUAAGAACAUCAUUCUAAUAUAGCCUUAUUUUAUAAAACAUGAUGGAUUUAUUGGAAGUUUGGGAUCAUUUUGGAAUGGAAUUCAAACAUAUAAAUAAAAUAAUCAUUGA